CUAUAUAAGCUAGCUGUGUGCUGGCACUCGAUAAGCAGAUGGAAUUACAGAGGAAAAUAAGUUGCUUGGGUGAGUGCACAGUUCAUUGACUUGCCAAGUGAAGUAAUGGCAAGAAGCGUUCUGUAGGAUACCUGGGAAAUUUGUGUUCCAAUAACAUGGCCACUGUCUGCUUCCUAACACACACUUCCAUUCCUGUCAACACUUCAAAGGAAAAGAAGAAUAUAAGGCAUAGUAAAUGUUUGCAUUCGGCGUUGAGUUAUUCAUUUUACAGAUAUCCCCACAAGAAGAUUCGUAGCAACAACUCUGUAGAUAAUCAUGGCUUUGUCAUUGCAACAAAUGUGAACCAGACCAGGCCUAUAAAUGGGAUUUCAGGAACAGACAUUUUCAAGGCAGCCCCAGAGUUUGGGAGUGUCGAUGAGUUAAAAGUAGCCCUUAAAAAUUCAAUACAAGGCUUGAACAGAGGUAUUUUUGGGGUCGAGGCAAAAAGAAAAGCUGAAAUAGAGAAGCUGCUAAAGCUGCUUGAAGGACAAAAUACUGUGUCCAAUCCCACUGAAAAGCUUGAAAUGGUAGAUGGUCAGUGGAGGCUUCUUUACAGUACAAUAUCCAUUCUUGGCUCAAAGCGGACAAAAUUGGGUCUCCGAGAUUUUAUUACUCUCGGAGAGUUUAUUCAGACGGUAGACGUAGAAAAGGGAAAAGCACAGAACAAGAUUUGUUUUAGUGUUACUGGCUUAGGAAUGCUCAGAGGAGAACUAGUUAUUGAGGCUUCCUACACGAUUGCAAGCCCUCAGCGUGUUAAUAUCCAGUUUCAAAAAUCAACUAUACUGCCUGAAAAGUUGUUAAACUUGUUUAAAAAGAACUACGACAUGCUUCUCAGCAUUUUCAACCCUGAAGGCUGGCUGGAAAUUACAUAUCUUGACAAUACUACUAGGAUUGGCAGGGAUGAUAAGGGAAACUUGUUUUUGCUUGAGCGAGUGGUAGGAGAAGAGGUCUAGGAAACAUUAUUUAGGUUUAAACAUGUCCAUCAGACUCCAGCAGCAACUUCGACAGCAACUGUGACAAUUCAGUAACAUCUUCAGUAGCAACUUCAACAGCUUUUUUCCCAGAGCCACAACUUUCUCAUAUGGACACAGAACAAGCCAUUUGUUUUGAAUAGCUUUCAGAGAGGACUCAGAUUAUACAAAAAUAUUUAAUUUUUGAUAUGAUAUGACUGCUGCUUUGGCUCUGCAUUGGAACUGCCAACUGUGACCCCCAGAUGGUCCAACAUAAUUUUAGAUCUGAUAUUUUUGGAUCAAUAGCCAUAUACAACUGAGUAGUCUCCUGUUCCAUUCUUGUAGAAAAUCCUCAAUGUUUCCUAGAAAUGAUAUAUUUAUGGCAAGAUAUAAUUUUGUUCAUGUCAUACACUAAAUACCCAAAAGGGUAAUGACAAUGUAUCUAAAAGAAAUGAACAGUGAUGACAAUUACAACUAAAAUUUCUCCUGAAAUCAAACUAUUACACUCUUUAAUAGAUAGCAAUCUUUAAUCAAUAAAUCAGUAUAUGUAU